CCUCCCGCGCCCGGCGACGGGCACAUGCACUGUGCGGCGCGGCGGCGGGAUGGCUCCUGCUGCUGCUGCUGCUGCUGCUCCGGUCCCGGCUCCGGCGGCAGGCGCUGAGCCGCGGCCCCCCGCGCUGCUGCCGCUGCUGCUGCCGCUGCUGCCGCUGCUGCUGCCCGGCCGAGCCGCCGGCCUGGAGGUGCAGCGCAAGUUCCUCUCGCCCACCCUCACCAACAACUUUGCGCUGGACGGCCCCGGCUCCCGCGUUUACCUGGCGGCCGUCAACCGGCUGUUCCAGCUGUCGGGGGGAGACCUGGCGCUGGAGGCGGAGGCGACGGUGGGGCCGGUGCUGGACAGCCCGCUGUGCCACGCACCGCAGCUGCCGCAGGCCUCCUGCGAGCACCCCAGGGUGCUCACCAACAACUACAACAAGAUCCUGCAGCCCGACCCGGAGCAGGGCGUCCUUGUCGUCUGCGGCUCCAUCUACCAGGGCCUCUGCCAGCUGCGCAGCAUGGCAAACAUCUCGGCCGUGGCCGUGCGCUUCCCGCCGGGCGGCAGCGACUCGGUCGCUGUCUUCCCGAGCAUGCUGAACGUCGCGGCCAACCACCCCAACGCCUCCACCGUGGGGCUGGUGCUGCGCCGCGGCGGCGGCGGCGGCGGGGCGCGGCUGCUGGUGGCCGCCACCUACACCGGCUUCGGCAGCCCCUUCUUCCCCCGCAACCGCAGCCUGGAGGACCACCGCUUCGAGAACACGCCCGAGAUCGCUAUCCGUGCCCUCAACGCCCGCGGCGACCUGGCCAAGCUUUUCACCUUCGACAUCAACCCCUCCGACGACAACAUCCUCAAGAUCAAGCAGGGCGACAAGGCGCGGCACAAGCUCAGCUUCGUCCGCGCCUUCUUGCAGCACGGGGCCGCUCCGCCCGCCCGCCGCCCGUACGCCUACCUGGCGCUCAACAGCGAGGCCAACGCGGGCGACAAGGAGAGCCCGGCUCACAGCCUGCUGGCCCGCAUCUGCCUGGGCGAGCCGGCCGAGGCCACCCUCAACGGCAGCGGCGAGACCAAGAAGCUGACCGAGUCCUACAUCCAGCUGGGGCUGCGCUGCGGCGGCGCCGCCGACGCCUUCACCCGCCUGGUCUCCGUGUUCCCGGCGCGGGCAGCUUGGCGCAGCCCUGCCGCUGCUCCCGGCCCGGGGCUGGCCCCGCCGCCCCCCGAGGAGCUGCUCUUCGGCGUCUUCGAGCGGGCCGGGGCCGGCGGCGGCCGGGGCCGCCCGCAGUCUGCGCUCUGCGUCUUCCGCUUCGCCGAGAUCGAGGAGACGAUCCGGGCCGCCCGCAACUCCUGCUUCGCCAGCCCGGCCGCCGGCAUGGUUACCGUGCUGGACAGCGUGGUGCAGGGCACCGGCCCCGCCUGCAUGCAGAAGAAGAUACAGCUGCAGCCGGAGCAGCUGGACUGCGGGGCCGCGCACCUCCAGCACCCGCUGGCCAUCGUGAACCCCGUCACAGCCACCCCCAUCUUCACCUACAGCGGCCUGACUGCCGUGGCCGUGGCCAGCGUCAACAACUACACCGUCGUGUUCCUGGGCACGGCCAGUGGAGGACUCCUGAAGAUUAACCUGGACAGUGCGAUGAAGGUCAUUAGCAGGAGAUCCAUCUCGGUGGCUUACGGAGAGCCUGUCCAUCCCAUCAUGCAGUUUGACCCUUCUGAUUCCACCUAUCUCUACUUGAUGACCUCUUACCAGAUGACACGGGUGAAGGUGGCUGCCUGCAGCCAGUACUCGACGUGCAGGGAGUGCCUGGCCGCCGCUGACGCCUACUGCGGGUGGUGCACGAUGGAGACCAGGUGUUCUCUGCAGCACGAGUGCACCAACUUCACAGGGGCCAACUUCUGGGCGAGUGUGAGUGAGGGAGUGCAGCAGUGCCCUUCCAUGACCAUCCUGGAGCCUGAGAUCAACAUUGACAAGGAGAACCCGGUCCUGAUAAUACAAAUAAAUGGAACAAUCCCAAACUUGAAUGGAACAAAUAUUUCAUGUGACUAUGGAAACAACAUCCACACAGUAGCCAGAGUUGCUGGGGAUUAUGUAAACCAAUUUAUUUAUUGCAGUUUGCUUCCACGUGAGAAAUAUCCAGCAUUUCCUGAUGACCAAGACCACGUGGUCGUCGAAGCUUCUCUCCGGGUCAACAACAAAAACAUUAUCCGGGCCAAUUUCACCAUCUAUGAUUGCAAAAGGAUUGGAAACAUUUACCCAAAGAGAGCGUGCACCAGCUGCCUCUCAGCCAGGUGGAAGUGUCACUGGUGCCCCUCUGCCUACAGCUGUGUCUCCAACCACUCCCAGUGUGAGGAUGCACUGCAGAUGGAGCAGAAGGAAAUCGACUGUCCUCGAAUCGUACCUGCCCCUUUGGAGCCCAUGCCCACGGGUGUACCUCGGAACAUCAUGAUCUCACUGGCCAAUGCAACUUUCCCUAAGGAGGCAGCUCUGGAGUGCCAUUUCGGGACAGACGGGACAUUUGAAGCCCGGUGGGUGAACUCCUCUGCCGUGGAGUGUGUUCAUGUGCUGCUCCAUACAUCAGAAAAAAGCCAUCGCUUCCUGGUGAACCUCCAGCUGAAGGACAAACCAGACAGAUUUAUCGACAGCCCAGAGAUGAUGACAGUGGAGGUGUACAACUGCGCCACCGGCAGCGCCGACUGCUCCCAGUGCCUGGGCAGGGAGGACCUGGGGCACCGCUGCCUCUGGAGCGAGGGCAGCUCCAGCUGCAGGCUGCGGACCGAGCCCCCACAGCUCUCUGAAGUCUGCCCACCCCCUGAGAUUCGGAAGAUCGAGCCGCUGCGUGGGCCCCUGGAGGGGGGCACGCUGCUGACCAUCCGCGGGAGGAACCUGGGCCGGCGCUUCAGCGACAUCGCGGGCGCCGUGCGCGUGGGCGCCGUGCCCUGCGCGCCCCUGCCCCACAGAUACGUCGUGUCCGAGACAGUCGUGUGCCAGACCGGAGAGGCCCCGGAGCCGUUUUCGGAUGUGGUGACGGUGAACGUGAGCCGGGAGGGAAGGUCCAGGGAGCGAUUCUCCUACGUGCUUCCUGUGGUGCAGUCCAUAGCUCCUCCAAACGGCCCGAAGGCAGGAGGCACCAGAGUGACCAUCAGAGGCAGCAGGCUGGAUGUCGGCUCAGAGCUCCGUGUCCUCAUCAACUCCUCCAAGCAGUGCACAGACCUCAGCCGCAGCGACAGCAGCAUCACCUGCACCAUGCCCGCCGUGGAGCUCACCAGCGCCGUGCCCGUCUGCGUGCAGUUCGAGAACAGGUCCUGUGCCAGCCACAACAUCACUUUCAAGUAUGAGAAGAACCCGGUUAUAUCAGACAUCAGCCCCAAGAAGAGCCAGAUCAGCGGGGGCAGGAUCAUCACCCUGGAGGGGAGAGGCUUUGGGCUGGUGCAGAACGUGUCCAUGGCAGUGCGCGGCAUCGGCAGGGAGCACACGCGCUGUAAGGUUCACACCGACACCGCCAUCACCUGCCCCUCUCCCGCUGCCUCCAACGUCACCGUGGGCACCAAGCCAGCCCCAGUGGAUUUCUACCUCAACGGACGCCUCUACACGGACGAGCGCUCGGCUCUGGACGAGGAGAUGUACCCUGAGGAGGCCCUGCACAUCAGCAAGUUCAGCCUGGGCUACUAUGCUGACCCCCAGUUCUCCACCGCCAAGAAGGAGAAGUGGAUCAAGCACCAUCCUGGCGAGCCCUUAACUCUGGUCAUACAUAAAGAGCCUGACAGCCUGGGCCUGGAGAGCAAUGAGUACCAGGUGAAAAUCGGCCUGAUCUCGUGUGAGAUCCAGAUUGUUUCAGACAAAGUCAUCCACUGCUCCAUCAAUGAGUCUCUGAGCUCCUCGGAGCGGCAGCUGCCCGUGACGAUCCAAGUCGGAAAGUUCAACUACACAAUUGCCAUGCUGCACCUCGGGGGAGGAGAAACCGCGAUCAUCGUCUCCAUCGUCAUCUGCAGCAUCCUGCUGGUCCUCUCUGUCGUGGCUCUCUUUGUGUUCUGCACAAAGAGCCGCAGAGCUGAGCGCUACUGGCAGAAAACGCUGCUCCAGAUGGAGGAGAUGGAGUCACAGAUCCGGGAGGAAAUCCGCAAAGGUUUUGCAGAGCUGCAGACAGACAUGACAGACCUGACCAAGGAGCUAAACCGCAGCCAGGGGAUCCCUUUCCUGGAGUACAAGCACUUUGUCACCAGGACGUUCUUCCCCAAAUGUUCCUCCCUCUACGAGGAGUGCUACAUCCUGCCAUCCCAGCAGCUCAGCUCGCAGCUGGGCUCCCAUGUCCAGGAAACACAUCCACUCCUGGUGGGAGAAUGGAAGAUCCCUGAGAACUGCAGACCCAACAUGGAAGAAGGAAUUUCUCUGUUCUCCACCUUGCUCAACAACAAGCACUUCCUCAUCGUGUUUGUCCAUGCUCUUGAGCAACAGAAGGACUUUGCUGUCAGAGACAGGUGUAACCUGGCCUCCCUGCUGACUAUUGCCCUGCAUGGGAAACUGGAGUAUUACACCAGCAUCAUGAAGGACCUCCUGGUGGAUCUAAUAGAUGCUUCAGCUUCCAAAAACCCCAAGCUUAUGCUGAGGAGGACGGAGUCUGUGGUGGAGAAGAUGCUCACCAACUGGAUGUCCAUCUGCAUGUACAGCUAUCUCAGAGAGACAGUUGGAGAGCCCUUCUUCCUGCUGAUCUGUGCCAUCAAGCAGCAGAUUAACAAGGGUUCCAUUGACGCCAUCACGGGGAAGGCCAGGUACACCCUCAAUGAGGAGUGGCUGCUGAGGGAGAACAUAGAGGCAAAGCCAAGGAACCUCAACGUCUCCUUCCAAGGCUGUGGGAUGGACUCCCUGAGUGUCAGAGCCAUGGACACAGACACACUCAGUCAAGUGAAAGAGAAAAUUCUGGAGGCCUUCUGCAAGAACGUCCCGUACUCCCAGUGGCCAAGGGUGGAAGAUGUGGACCUCGAGUGGUUUGCCACCAGCACCGACAGCUACAUCCUGCGGGACCUGGAUGACACCUCGGUGGUGGAGGAUGGCAGGAAGAAACUCAACACAUUAGCACAUUACAAGAUCCCUGAAGGGGCAUCCCUGGCCAUGAGUUUGACGGACAAGAAGGACACCACGCUGAGCAGAGUGAAGGAUUUGGACACUGAGAAAUACUUCCACUUGGUUCUCCCAACUGAUGAAUCAGUGGAACAUAAGAAGUCCCACAGACAGAGCCAUAGGAAGAAAGUUCUUCCAGAGAUCUACCUGACACGGCUGCUCUCCACCAAGGGCACGCUGCAGAAGUUCCUGGAUGACUUGUUCAAAGCCAUUCUCAGUAUCCGAGACGACAAACCACCCGUGGCUGUGAAGUAUUUUUUUGACUUCCUAGAGGAACAGGCAGAGAAGAGAGGGAUCACAGACCCUGACACUCUGCACAUCUGGAAGACCAACAGCCUGCCACUGAGGUUUUGGGUGAACAUCCUGAAAAACCCGCAGUUCGUCUUCGACAUCGACAAGACAGACCACAUUGACGCCUGUCUGUCAGUGAUCGCCCAGGCCUUCAUCGAUGCCUGCUCGCUCUCCGACCUGCAGCUGGGCAAGGACUCCCCGACCAACAAAUUGCUGUAUGCCAAGGAGAUCCCUGAGUACCGGAAGAUAGUGCAGAGAUACUACAAGCAAAUCCACGACAUGCCCCCUCUGAGCGAGCAGGAGAUGAACGCCCACCUCGCCGAGGAGUCGCGGAAAUACCGAAAUGAGUUCAACACCAAUGUCGCCAUGGCUGAGAUAUACAAAUAUGCCAAGAGAUACCGCUCCCAGAUUGUGGCUGCCCUGGACGCAAACCCCACGACAAAGCGCACCCAGCUCCAGCACAAAUUUGAGCAAGUGAUUGCGCUCAUGGAGGACAACAUCUAUGAGUCCUGCAGUGAAGCCUAGGCCAGCUGCAGUCCUGGAAGUGACCUUUCUUGCAGCACAGUGCCACAAGGGAACCUGCCUUCAGCUGCAGGCAUACCUUGGUCAUACUCAAACCAGCCUGUGGAGGGGGUGGGCCUGGCCAUGGCUAAAAGUUUGCCUCACUUCCCAAGAAGCCACAAGACAACUUUCCGAGCAGCUAAAACUCCUCUGGUCUGCACUGUGGCACCCAUAAUUUAUUUGCUGUUGCCAGCCAGAAAUGGAGGCAUGGCCCUUGUGGCAAGCUCAGUUCUCCACUUUCCCUUUGGUCAGCACUCCGUGCAUCCCUGUGCGUGGUUCCUCGGGACGGGGCUGCAGAGGCUGGAACAGACACAAAGCAGAAAGGUCACCUCAGGGAGUAAUGACCACAGACAGCAAGGACCAUCAUGGCCCGAGCUCCCACUCCAUCCCUCCAACAUCCUUGUUUUUCCAACACCAGGGACUCUUAUCAGCUGUUCACUAUCUGCUGCAUUCUGUGUAUAUUUGUGCCUUUUAAUUUUUGUACUGUAUGUGUAAACAUAACCACUCCUCCAUCUGAGACUUGGGCAGCGCAGGGAACUUGGGGCUGAGACAAAGCAGUUGCUUCCUGAGCAGCUAAGGCAUGGUGAAAGCACUUUAUCCCUAGUGGAGACAGGAGUGUGGAGCUGCAGGGAGCACAGGCUGUGUUAGCAGCAGGGCUGUUCUGCCUUUUCUGCUCUCUCAUGUGCCAUGCAUGGUGAGCUGGAGCACAGUGGGGAGGGAACAUUCCCCAGCAGUCACAGGCACACUCCUGGACAGGGUGGGGGAAGCACUGAGCCCCUCACUCCUGCCCUGCUGGCCCCACACGUGUCCAUGGCACUGCACCACCUCAGCCCAAAACCACCACUCAUGACAGCCUUCUGACAGGGGCAUCCAGCCCCACACAGGGAAAAACCAGGCAGCACUGGCUCUGCCUCUCCCUGUGACCAUCACCAAACACGAGGCCAGUCCUGCAGAGGUGUCUCCUAAAGCAGCUUGUUGUGCUUGCUUUGGGCCCAGCCCUGUGGCUGCUACCUGAGAGUGAGCCUUGGCUGCAUGGCCUGUCUGUUUUCAGCCCUGAAAGACGCAGGGACCAGACCCAGCUGCUGUCAGCCCAGCAGUGACACAGGCCAGCACAGCAUCUCCAGCACCCAGAGCUGCAAACUAAGGCAGAGUGUUCCAGCUCAGGCUGGGGUCACUGGGAGGGUCCCAGUGACACAAAACAGAGCUUGCCAAGACUGGACAGCCCAGUGCCCCGCUGCCAGCCCAGCCUGGUGACCUAUUCUCCCUCCUGCAGCUGGGGAGAUAUGACUGCUCUGGUGCCCUGCGUCACACAGCCCUGCAGAGGCUGGACACAGCCAGCACCACCUGUUCCAAGUCAGCAUUCCUGCAUGGACAAAGGCCCCUGCCCACAGGGCUGACCACCACAGCUUGAAUUGCCAUAUAGGACAGAAACACAGUUACUACCUCACUGCAGGAGGGUGUAAAGGAAGCCUCUGUUAGUCAUCCAGCUGGCUAGGAUGCAGUCUGGCAUUGGAUGACUUCGUCCACCAAAACUCCUGGGUGAUUCAGUGCCAUGGACAGGUGGUCUCCAUGCCAUCAUUUCCAGUAAUGCCACAUUUGUCAGAAACCAGAACAUCAGAGUUGUGUAUGUGUACAUAGAUAUCUAUUUUAAAACAAACAGUAGACUUUAUCCAGUAUGUUAAAAGGUGGGGAGGGAAAGGGGGAGAACAGAGUUUUUUUUUUUAAAAAAAGAAUACAGAAAAAGUAUGUACACUGUGGAGGUCCCAAUGUCUUUGCUGAGGAUGUGGCUUCAGAAUAGAAACUCUAAGAAUGUAGCUGGGCUACAUUUUAUUUUGAAAGUGAUUUCACAAAAAUUUCUUGAUGUUUUUGUCUUUUAGAAACUGUGAAUAGCUACCAGAUAUGUAGGCGGGCCCAGCACAGGAAAGGUCAGGGUGAGAAAGGACCAAGGUAGCAGAGAAUGUUGAGCGUGGCUGGAGGCAGGGAAAGGGCCAUGGAGCUAUUAGCCCCAUGUUGUUUGUUUCAGGGAAAGGAUACAGGUGAGCCAAGAGUAAAUAGAGUUUGCCUCCAGGUGCUGUGGCUGGGCCAUGUAUUGGAGCUAUUGUUUUAUUAUUUAAUUUUUUUCCAAAGCCAAAAAGAAAAAAAAAAGGAAAAAAUAAAAAGUAGUUGCUACAACCAUUUAAAGGAGCAACUUUAGCAGAGGGUUUGUAGUGAUGUCUUGAACCUCCGAGCCCUUUGUAAGAUGUUUUUAAACUUUGGCACGUGUUGUGGGUGUAGUGCCCUUACCUGCUGUGUAGUGGAAGUGGCAGACUCCUGGCAAAGCCUAUCUUUGUAAUAAAAUAAGGUGCUGAACCUA